AUGGUCCACGCCGUGCUCCCCGCGCUGAUCCCUGACAUCCGCAAGGUGUACGACAUUUACUUUGCGGCGUUCAAGGGCGAGCGCAUGGGCGAGCUGAUGCUUUCCGUGCUGUUCCCCGACGGGUCGGUCGACUCGGAAGAGUUCCGCACCGCGCACGCCGCCGGCACGCUCAGCUACUGGCACACCAGCGACACGCAGUACACGUUCAAGUGCGUUGACAUGGACUCGGGCGACGUCGUCGGCAUGGCCCUCGGCGACAUCUUCAUCCGCCCCCGCGCCGCCGAGGAGCGCAAGAACCACGGCGUGCCCUGGCUGACCGGCGAGCACCGCGCCCGCGCCGAAAAGGUCCUCAACCCGCUGUGGGAGAUGCGCGAGGGCCUGUUUGGCGGCCAGCCGUACAUCUACACGCACGUCAUUGGCGUCAAUCCCGAGGCGCAGGGCAAGGGCGCUGGCGCGGCGCUGGUGCACUGGGGCAUCGACAUUUGCGAUCGGCUGGCACUGCCGCUGUACUUCGAGUCGUCGCCGUCGACGGUCGGCCUGUACAUGAAGAUGGGCUACGAGCGCCUCAACGAGACCAUCGUGCACAAAGCCGACGUGCUGGGGGCCGACGAGGAUAUCGUCGUACCGCUGAUGGUGCGCAUGCCCUCCGCGGCCAAGGGCACCACAUUUUACGAGUGGAAGGCGCUGGGAUACCCCAGCUGGAAGGAGCUGGCGGCGACGAAAGCCGCGAAGGCUACUGCUACCGCCUGA